AUGAGCACGCGCCGCCGCGCUCUCGCGGCCUCACGCGGUCUCACCCUGAGCUCACACCGGCGGGGCCUCGCGCCCAACUACGUGGACCCGUCGCCCCUGCUGGCCCCGGACGACGUGGACGUGUUCUUCAGCCACCUGGACGCCCCGGGACCCGUACUACGCGCCGCGCGACACAGCCGGGCGGGGCUGGUCGUUACGGCCCGCGACUCUCUGGUGACCCCUCCAUCCCCCCUCCCCCCCGCCUUGUCGCUGUCCCCUCUGCCGUCCGCAGCCCGGCUGGCGGGAGGCCAGGUGUGCCGUCCGCACCUGCUGCACAGCCCGGGGCUGUCGUGGCUGGAGCGGGGCAAGGCCGCGCUGACCUCGGCGGCGGGUCACCACCCUCAUCAUCCUCACCACCACCAUCAUCAUCAUCACCCUCACAACCCCUGGGCCGCCGCCGCCGUGAACCCCUUCUCCAAGACCUCGCUGCAGCCUCCGGCCUCCACCGCGGGGCCUCCGGGAGGCCCGCUGUCGUCGGUGUACCCUGCGGCGGCCUCCGCGGAGGCCGCCCUGGCCUCCCUGCCUCCCUCCGCCACCGGCUCCCACCUGUUCGGGUUCCCGCCCACGCCGCCCAAGGAAGUGUCGCCGGACCCCGCCGCCCACGCCACCCCGGGGGCGGCCUCCCCGGCCUCAGCCUCGGCCUCCACCGCCGCCGCGGAGGACAAAGACAGAGGCGCCAAGUACCAAGCCGCCUCCGCUGACAGCCUCAAAUUGGAGGCCGGGAGCCCGCUGCGCUGCCCCGGGGGUGUGGCGGGGCUGGUGGGACCCCAGCCCGUCGUCACCCACCACCACCCCAUCGCCACCUACCCGUCCUACAUGCCGGCCUCGGCCUCCACUGCCUCCGGGCACGACUACGGAGCCGGCCUCUUCCACCACCACCCGGCGGCCGGAGGCUUCCUGGGAGGCCCGGCCUCCAGUUUCACGCCCAAACAGCGCAGCAAGACUCGCUCCUGCUCAGAGGGCCGGGAGUGCGUCAACUGCGGGGCCACGGCCACCCCGCUGUGGCGACGGGAUGGCACGGGUCACUAUCUGUGCAAUGCCUGCGGCCUCUACCACAAGAUGAACGGGCAGAACCGGCCUCUCAUCAAACCCAAGAGGAGGCUGUCUGCAGCCCGGAGAGCCGGCACCUGCUGCGCCAACUGCCAGACGACAACCACGACCUUGUGGCGUCGGAACGCCAACGGGGACCCCGUCUGCAACGCCUGCGGCCUCUACUAUAAGCUCCACAAUGUGAACCGGCCGCUGACGAUGAGGAAGGAGGGGAUCCAGACGCGGAACCGCAAGAUGUCCAGCAAGUGCAAGAAGGGCAAGAAGGGGCCGGAGGGCCUGGACGAGCUGGCCAAGUGCGGGCCGGACAAGGUGUCCCCGUUCAGCGCCACCGCGCUGGCCGGGCACGUGGGCCCCGUGGGCCACCUGCCGGGCUUCGGCCACCCCGCGCACCUGCUGCCCACCCCCACCCCCCUGCACCCCUCCCCCGGCCUGCCCUUCGGCCACCCGCACCCGUCCAGCAUGGUGACCGCCAUGGGCUGAGGCCGCAGGGUCCCCCGCCCCCCCCGGACAGGACAGACGGCCUCUGGGGACUUCAGCCCGGCCACUGGAAAAAGCCAAAAAAACAAAAACAACAAAGAAAGAAAGAAAAAAAAAAGGACACAAUUUUUUUCAAGAGUA